UUCCCGCUCCAGCCACGCAUCGCGAGAUUUGAUCGGCGGCGGAGACUCUGCCCCUUUCCCCUUGGAACGCUCGGAGUCCCGGACCGCGGAGCGGGGCGGGGGAAAGACCAUGCAGGCUGUGGUGGCCAUCGCCCGGCGGGGGCUGUUGGGUGGCUGCUCGGGCAUCACCUUUUCUCGGAGUAUACAAACAGGCAUCCAGAGAUUUCAAACGUUAGUGGAAAACUCGGACUCAGCAACAGACAAAGAGCUAGAUUCCACACAGUCAAAGGGCUUCAGCUAUUUCCCUCCAGUGCCGGGAAAAGAAAGCUCCUUGCAGUGGGAUGGAAAGAAGUUUGAAGAAAUCCCAAUAGUUCAUAUCAAAGCUACCUACAAUAACACUCACAUCCAGGUUUUCACAGCUGAGAAAGUCCCUCUGGUCCUACUCACCUGUGGCUACAUGGGGUUCAAGAAUGCAAAGAAAUCGACAGCUCUUGCAGCACAGACAACUGGAAUUGCAGCAGGAAAUAAAGCAGCGAAAAAGGGCGUAUAUCACGUUCGAGUUGUGGUGAAAGGCCUGGGACCUGGGCGGCUGGCAGCCAUCCAAGGCUUAACCUUAGGGGGGCUGGAGGUGAUCUCCAUCACGGACAACACGCCAGUACCGCACAACGGCUGCCGCCCUCGGAAAGCACGAAGGCUGUGAGAGGAGUGGAGCAGCAAAGAAAAAGAGAAGAGGUUGUGACCGGAUCUCAAAUAGUUUAUGCAGCCAUCUUCAGGCAGCUGUUCCUCUUUCUGCAACUUUCAAAACAGAGACAGGCUUGAGGUUUGCCCCCGUAGGAAGGCAACCCAGAGACUGUAUUUAUAAAAAUAUAAAGAAAAA